AUGCGGACGCUCAUGAUUAUCUGAAAGAACAAUAAAUACCAAAUGUCGAAACUUUGUUUGUGUUCAUAACCAACCUCUGCCAAAUCAAAACGACGAUAAUAUUGGCUCUUGCUCCAGAAAAUCACCUCAAAACUUCUCUCUCUCUUCAAUCACUAGAAUAUUCAAACAACAACGAUGGACUUGAUGGACAAGGCAAAGGAGUUCGUCGCAGAUAAGGUGGCGAACAUAGAGAAGCCGUCGGCGUCCGUGGACGACGUCGAUCUGAAGCACGUCGGCCGCGACGGCAUCACCUAUCUGGCGAAGGUCACCGUCGUCAAUCCCUACGGCGUCUCCAUCCCCAUCGGCGACAUCACCUACUCUCUCAAAAGCGUCGACAGGGUCAUCGCGUCCGGUAACAUUCCGGAUCCUGGAUCGCUGAAGGGGAACGAUAAAACAAUCCUUGAGGUGGAGAUGAAGGUUCCGCACAGUGUGUUGGUGAGCUUGAUUAAAGACAUCGGCGCCGAUUGGGACGUCGAUUACACCGUCGAGAUCGGAAUCACGGUGGAUCUGCCCGUCCUCGGGAAUUUCACCAUGCCGCUCACGCACAAGGGUGAGAUGAAAUUGCCAUCUCUCCAGGACUGCAUUUAGAUCGACCUUGUGCUACGUCGUUUUAAUACAACUCUCGCUCUGUAUGAAUGUUGUAGAAGUUGAUGCUGCGUAAUUUUUUGCUUUUUUGUGGUUUUGAUUUUUAGUUUUUAGACGAGUUGUUGCAUGGUGAAAAUAGGGGUAUAAACUCAAUAGAAUAAUUAUGAUCUU